AUGUUCGACUCGUUGAAGCCGGAAUCAUGCGAAUCUCAUGCAACCAGCCGCAGCCCAAGCCUCGAGGCUGCCAUUCUUAUAGGCCGCCACUUUUUUGGCUGCUACCAACGAACAUUUCCCGCCUUCAAGAAUCCCACCUGCGGCUAUCCGCGUCUCCCUUGGGCCAUGAAAACCGCCCACCGGCCCCGAGACAUGGACGCCCAAAAGCCGUGUCAGGUCUCAUCGAGGACGUAUUGCAACACCCUCUUUCCUUUCCCCGCACUUGGUUCCCAAGCUGAACACACGAGCAGCUGGCUAUGGGUUCAGACCUGGUCACCCACGAAUGCAGGCCAUACCGGUGAAAGAAUCAGGCUAAAGGCUAUUCCUUCUGAGCGAAGGAGUUCUACGGAUUGGGACAACGUUGUCAUGUGCCUAUCAACCAGAAUCCCUAUCGACCGAAGCCAAAUCCGGGCCAUUAACUUGGAGUCGUUCGCCCCAAAGUUGCCUCCUCACAACCCCCGAAGGUCACCCGGCUCGACGAGUUAA